UAUCGCGUAUGACUUCACCAAACGUGUCACCUCGCAAUGAAAAUAUAAAGUUGUGUUUGGAAUUUGAAUAUCUAAUGCCUGUUAACGCUCCAACUUGUCAAUUAUCAGUCAGUUUUCAUUCAAGAAUAUACUGGCUGCUUCAGGGUUACCAUGGUGAUUCCUGGAAUCAUGCCAGUGUYUCUUAUGAGGAUGGCUCGAAAAAAUUUAAGGUUGAAUUUGUUGGAAAUUCCACCAAAACAGACUGCAAGGUAUAUCUUCGUAAUGUGAAAAUGACCACCAAAGUUUGCGCUAUUAAACCUGUUUUUGCAUUUCCUGGCCAUAAUUGUAGCAAAGGAGAGCUGAUGUGUUCAAACGGCGUUUGUUWUCCCUACUCCCUGCGUUGUAACGGUAAAGUCGAUGGUUGUUCAGACGRGUCGGACGAGAGUGGCUGUGCUUGUCGCUCUGACGACUUCAAAUGUUCAGAUGGAAAAUGCCUUUCAACGUCUAAACUUUGUGACGGCAACAAAGAYUGUAAAAAUGGAAUGGACGAGAAGAAUUGCGAGAAAGGAUGCCAAGGUGCAUUGUGCGCCAGUGGAAACUGUAACUCGAUAUCUUCUGUGUGUUCAAGAAAAGUCCAAUCUACUUCAGAUCCUUGCUUUGUUCCCGAGACUGAAUGCUUGCUGGAAGAAAUUGGAAGAMUUGAUUAUGAAGUUUGCAAUGRUUUACAUGGUAUUGUAGCCCUUAUUAAAACACGUCAAUAA